AAAAACCUAAACGGGCCGGCCGCCGCAACACUAUAUAUACCGUCUAAAGCAACUAUCAAAACCCUAGUUGCGAAAGAGAGGUUGAGUGCUUUUACAGUAUUUUCUCUCACAUCUUCGCGGCUACCUCCUUGUACCUUGCAAGAUGAAGUUCAACAUCGCAAAUCCGACGACCGGGUGCCAGAAGAAGCUUGAGAUUGACGAUGACCAGAAACUCCGGGUGUUCUGGGACAAGAGGAUCUCUCAAGAAGUAAGUGGAGAUGCUUUGGGUGAGGAGUUCAAGGGCUAUGUGUUCAAGAUUAUGGGAGGGUGUGACAAACAAGGUUUCCCAAUGAAGCAGGGAGUUUUGACUCCAGGUCGUGUUCGUCUUUUGCUGUCUCGAGGUAUGCGGAACGAAGACUUAGGGUGUGAAUGAUUACAUUUAUUUUUC